AUGGCGUGCGCACUCCGUUGCAUCCUUGCUGCCGUUGUGGUGCUAGGUGGCGUGUGCAUCGGCCAGCCGUCGGCUGCCACCCACGCAGACCCAACGCUGAACCUUGCACCGCUGGACAUUGGCCUCACGUGCGCUCAAUAUCCAUUGACACCAACAGUUCUCACGUUUAUAGUGGACCAGCCCGACGCCGACAUUCUCCUCUUGCACUUUGACUACCUCAACCUGAUGGCCCAGGACUCGUUGGCGCUGCGGGCCGUGGUGAACCACACGGUGGGGGAAGUGGUCGACACGAUUCGGUCCACAUCGACGGCGCCGUUCUUCUCAGUUCCACUGUACACGCCUAUGGUAGUGUUGGAGCUCCACAUUGUUGGCGGAGCGAGCCGCGGUGACGGACGCUGCUAUGGCUUUCACGUGGACGGUGUGCGGACGUCAGCAGUAGACGGCAACAAAGCAGCGUCGGCGAGUGAAUCCAUUUGCGGAACAGACGACGCCAAGAACACGCAGUGUUUUGUUAGCUCGGGCAUGUACACGGCGUCGAAAGCAGUCGUGCGGCUGUUGACGAAUCGUGUGGGCUCGUCUGCGUUUUGCACGGGCUGGUUGCUCGGGUGCGAAGGCCACGUCGUCACAAACGAGCAUUGUAUCCAAGACGCCGUGGAUGCUGCCAACACGUUGAUUGAAUUUAUGGCAGAGGGCGUGUCGUGCUCGACAAACUGCAACAGCCAGUUGGCGUGUGGCGCUUCACCGAGGUUGUUUAGUCGCGGGGCAACGUUCAUUGCCGCGUCAAAGGACUUGGACUAUGCCAUCGUCAAGCUCGACCCUGCCGUGAUCCCUCAAGGCCUCGGGUUUCUCCGGCUGCGUCUGUCUGGACCGCGACUAAAUGAGCAAGUGUUCAUUCCCCAGCACCCCCUUGGGUGGGGAAAGCAGGUCGCAGCGAUGGUAGGGCACGCGCCAGGCACGAUCACGACGUUGGCACUGGCUGGGUGUGCGGUGGACCAAGCUGGGUACAUGCUUGACACGCAACCGGGAUCGUCAGGGUCUCCCGUGGUGUCUGUUCGGGACAACUCGGUCGUGGCGCUGCACCAUUGUGGAGGAUGCCCCAACGGUGGCAUCCAGUCGCAGAAGCUCGUGCACGAUUUCGCACGGCGCGGGAUCCUUCCCCAAUGCAGCAUUGCGUAG